GCUUUGCACUUGUCGAGUGUCAACAUAACCUAUGAUUUUUUUUUACUUUGAAGCGUGUUUUGAACAUUCAUACCUCAAACUGAUGUUAUAGUCUAAACUUGAUGCUUCUCAAUAAAACCGUCUCUAAAGUUCGCAAAAUCAUUUAAUGUUUGUUAAAAUUUAUCAAUUAACAUGAAGCCCUCUAAUAAAACACCCGAGUUUAAAGCAUUAGAAUUGAAACUAAACGAGAAUUCUCCUUCACCACAUGUAAUUUAUUUCAAAGAACAUUCAGUACGAGAACAUACAAAUGAUAAACCGUCCGGACGAACACUAUUUAUAGUAAAUGUACCACCAUACGCUGAUGAAAAAGGUUUAAUGAACGCAUUUAGUGCAGCUGGAACAGUCCAAUCUGUAAUAUUCUCAACGAAACCUAAUUCAACGUCAACAGAGACAAAUUUGAAUACAUUUAUAAAGAAACCUCAAAAACCAUCAUUUAAAGUGUGUUAUUUAGUGUUUAAAAAAGUUUCGGAACUAGAUAAAGCCCUCAAAUUAACUCAAUUAUGUCCCAUGAAUUCUAAAGGCCAUGAAAUAAAACUUGGUAUGAAGAAGUGGAUUGAGGAAUACAAUAAUUCAAUUGAAACACCUAAAGCAAUGAAGGAAAGAAUAGAAGCAUUUAUGAAAAAUCAUGAUAAAAAAUCUGAACUAGAAGAAAAACAAGAAAAGGCAUUGGAACAGGAAGACAGUGAAGGGUGGGUUACAGUUACUAAAAAAGGUAAAGUGCAAAGCUUUGCUCGCACAGAAAAGGUAGAAAAUAAAAUAAUGGCCAAAGAAGAGAAGAACAAGAAAAGAAAGGAAUUAAAGAACUUUUAUACUUUCCAAAUAAGAGAGUCCAAGAUGAAACACAUUGUGGCUUUAAGGCAGAAAUUUGAAGAAGAUAAGAAAAAAAUUGCACAAAUAAAACAAAGUCGUAGGUUCAAACCUUUCUAAAAUAAAACAGUUUAUCGUAUCUAAAUUUUUUGUACUAACCUUCUGUUAA